UUUACAACUUUAAGUCCAUGUUUGAUAACGCAUAAGAAUCGUAAAUUAAAUCGUAGAUUUCUGAACGGAGUUUGGUUUGCAAAUUGAAAACAGGGAUGACACAGGCAGUUUAGAGGUCCUGAAGGCUCCUCUGGGACUUCUCGGUGAUCUAGCUGCCAAAUACAUUUCUUAGGACUUUACUUAUCAUUAAAGUGACGCAAACAAAGCUACAAAUGCUGACUGAGAUGCUGAAUUAUGGCGAGCUCCCAUACCUUAUCCGAGCCAAUUGACGCCCCAUGCAUGCUCCGAUCCCCCCAGUCUGCCAGCUUGCUGCUGUCUGGCUCAUCAGCGCUGCUGCUGCUGCUGAUGCUGGAUGUUGCACGGUGGCGCAGCCCAGAUCCAACUGAGGAUUUGAGGAUGGAAACGUGAGGACAACGGGUCUGUUUGAAGCGAGUAGUCAGGAUGGAAUAACAAAGAGAAACCCCAAUAUACACUGAUGGUAUUCAUUUGAUCCGUACUUUAACCCUAUUGAGAAAAACCUGCUGCCUGCCAUUCAGCAGACCGUGAAGUCGCUCCUAAUAGGAUUUUAUUGAAGCGCGUCUCUCCGGAUCAGGUGCGCCGGCAUUUCCUUAACUUACCUGGGAUGAUGAUGAUGAUUUCUGCUUAUUUUUCACCGAGUGGCAGCGCACAGGUGGGACUGUGGAUUUAAAUUCCAAAGUUUGGAUCUUUUCUUAACGGGAUUUUUUUUUUUUUUUUUUUGAAAAGGGCAGGCAGUUGUUGUUUGGAGAUGUACGCGCCUUGUUUAACACACCAGUUAAUUCUGGAUGGAUGCUGUCGACGUUAUCACGGCUGUUCUGGCAGAUGAUCGUGUGUCUAUAUUCACACCGUGGAUACCUGCCGUGCUGACGGAUAGCUGUGCGUUCGCCCGGUCGCGGUCUCGUUCUCAUGAAAAUCACCCCGUGGUCCUUUCUCGAGGAAAGUUUGUGACUGGGACGCGGUGGAGGAUGAAGUCAGCGCACCGUUUUUGGCUUCCCUACGGACGCAGAGCUCAGUGACUGCUCCUUACACUUGGCUUUAAUAUAACUUAAUAAUUUGUGGAUGGAUUUGUGAUUACGUGUUUCGGGGGUAUAGCUGGAGAAUGUGUAUCCAAACUGUGGAGUCCUGCUCAGGCUGGAGGGGAGAGCAGCGGAUAUCCCAAUCCCUUCCUGGGACCACAGGUGUUCCCUGUAAACAGUGACUCCAAAUCCCAAAAUGCCGAGCUGCGGAUAGACUGCUCUGUGGGUCAAGCUGACCUGUGUCUAUCAUUUUCUAGUUCCUCAUCCUCCCUAUUUCCUCUUUUCCUUUCCUUUUCUCUUUUUACUUUGUAUCCCUCCUCUUCACGCCUUUAUCCUCCCCUUACUUUCUCCCUUUCUCCCUUUUACUUUAUCAUCUUUUUCAAAUCCCCUGUCUUUUCCCCCUCCUUUUUCCCUCUCCCCUGCGUCACUAUCUGCCUCUCACCCCCCUUACCUUCUUCUCCUCUUGUGGUUGUACCUUCCUCCUGUCCUCUCUUCCUCCCUUGUUCUCCUCACCUCCUUCCCAAACCCACCACAUCCUCCUCUUCCUCCCCCCACAGCACACAUGCAGGCCAAGAAGCGGUACCUGCUUGUGUCUGUGGGGGCCGGUCUUCUCUUCCUCGUCUACCUGUGGGGUCUGCAAAUCGGGGAGUUCCAGCAGCAGCCGUACCAAUAUCACCAGUUUCCCCAGUACCAUCAGUACCACCAGCAGGAAUACCACCAGAGUCAGGAGGUGCACCAGCCCCUGCCCCAGAGAAUCCCGUCCAGACCGCCCAGGCACUGGCCCGAGACGACCCAGCUGCUGGAGCCGUACCUGGAGGGGGGAGAGCAAGAGGAGGACAGCCCUCAGCUCCAUCACCAGCACACCUCACCUCGUGAACGACGUGCGAUCCGCGACAAUAUCUACAGGAACAAGCGCUGCCGCAUGGAAACCUGCUUCGACUUUGCUCGCUGCCAGUCUGGUUUCAGGGUUUACAUCUACCCUCCGCAGAGAGGGGACGAGAACUCCGAGACCUACCAGAAGAUCCUGUCGUCCAUUGAGGAGUCACGCUACCACACCACAGACCCUUCGCGGGCCUGUCUGUUCAUUCUGGCUGUGGACACGUUGGACCGGGACCAGCUCUCAGCUCAGUACGUCCAGAAUGUCAGGCUCCGCAUCCAGAGCCUGCCGACGUGGAACGAUGGCAGGAACCACCUUAUAUUCAACCUCUACUCUGGUACCUGGCCGGACUACACAGAGGAUCUGGGCUUUGAGGUGGGCCAGGCCAUGCUGGCUAAGGCCAGCGCAGAUGUGGUCAACUUCCGACCCAACUUUGAUAUUUCCAUUCCUCUAUUCUCCAAGGAUCACCCACCAAAAGGAGGGAGCAUAGGUUAUCUGACACUCAACGAUGCACCACCUUCCAGGAAGUACCUGCUGGUUUUCAAAGGGAAGCGAUACCUAACUGGUAUAGGUUCUGAGACGAGGAAUGCUCUGUAUCACAUCCACAACGGGGAAGAUAUUAUUCUGCUGACCACAUGUAAACAUGGCAAAGACUGGGAGAAACACAAGGACUCUCGCUGUGACCGAGAAAAUGAAGAAUACUCAAAAUUUGACUACCAAGAGCUGCUACAUAACUCCAGUUUCUGCCUGGUGCCCCGGGGCAGACGUCUCGGAUCCUUCCGCUUCCUAGAGGCCCUGCAGGCAGCUUGUAUCCCGGUUAUUCUGAGUAACGGCUGGGAGCUUCCCUUCUCUGAAGUCAUCGACUGGAGGAAAGCCGCCAUCAUUGGAGAUGAGAGACUGCUGUUACAGGUUCCCUCUAUUACCCGGUCUGUGGGCCAUAACAGGAUCUUGGCUCUCCGCCAGCAGACUCAGUUCCUCUGGGACGCCUACUUUUCUUCUGUAGCCAAAAUCGUCUUAACUACACUGGAGAUCAUCCAUGACCGCGUCGACUCCCAUGUGUCCAGAAACCGGUUGUUGUGGAAUUCCCUACCUGGUGGUCUCUAUGCACUUCCCCAGUACUCAAGUGACCCUGCCCAGUUCCCUUUUUACUAUGCUAUACUGGGUAAGAGCCCAUCGCAGCAGUUCACAGCUGUGAUCCAUACGGUUACUCCUCUGCAGUCCCAGAUCUCCCCUGUGGUGAAGCUCAUCAUUGCUGUAGCCAAGUCCAAGUUCUGUGCACAGAUUGUGGUUUUAUGGAACUGCAACAAGCCUUUACCUCCUAGGAACAAGUGGCCCUCCACCAGCGUGCCUCUCAUUGUCAUUGAAGGACAGACCAAGACACAGCUGGUCCUGAGGAGAGUCCACACAGACACGUCGCCCGCAGGAAGGAGAGGUGCUGAGGGUGCUGCAGCAACCCCCCACCCCCAGGUGCCUGAGAUGAUGAGCAGUCGUUUCUUCCCCCACGACGUCAUCCUCACUGAUGCUGUUCUCAGUCUGGAUGAGGACUCGGUUCUCUCAACAAAUGAGGUGGAUUUUGCCUUUAUUGUUUGGCAAAGUUUUCCAGAGCGUAUCGUUGGUUAUCCAGCAAGGAGCCACUACUGGGAUAGUUCCAGAUCCCGCUGGGGCUACACCUCCAAAUGGACCAAUGACUACUCCAUGGUCCUUACGGGGGCAGCUUUCUACCACAGAUACUACCACUACCUGUUCACCCACUACAUCCCAGCCAGUCUGCUGGCCACGGUGGACCGCAUGGCUAAUUGUGAAGACAUCCUGAUGAACUUCCUGGUUUCGGCCGUAACCAAGCAGCCGCCAAUCAAAGUCACACAAAAGAAGCAGUACAAGGAAACCAUGAUGACCCAGGGCUCCAAGGCAUCUCGGUGGGCCGACCCAGACCACUUCGCCCAGCGACAGACCUGCAUGAAUGCCUUCAGUCAUUGGCUGGGUUUCAUGCCACUGGUGCACUCCCAGAUGAGACUGGACCCUGUGUUGUUCAGGGACCAGGUUUCCAUCCUGAGGAAGAAAUACAGGGAUAUUGAGAAGCUGUGAAUGCACAAGGAUACACACCAAAUCAUUGGCAGAGAGAGAGAGAGAGAACGUAAGAGAAGCUGGCCAUGUGUGUGUGUGUGUGUGUGUGUGUGUGUGUGUUCUUGUGUUUCCUGUUCGAGAGGACAAGAAUACACACACUAAAUGUGAACAUUUGUGAGGCUAUAAAGGAAAACUGACACAUGCUCUGGACAUAAAAAUGAUAAAACACUGAGGUACGCAUAAGGCAUUUAACUGCGUAUUUCUCUGAAAAAACCCCCACUGAUUCUGUAUGCGUGGUUGAUAACAGCAAGUGACUGUGCAUACCCGUAAUCUGUGACAGUAUACACUAAUAUGAAUGCAUGGAUACACAUGCAACAAAAACCUGGACACAUUCAAGACAGUCCUGACCACAGACAUACAGUAUGUGUUGCAUGGUUUGAACAAGACAACUGUACAAGGACCUGAAAAACGUAAUGUGUUUGAAUAAAACAAGCUAUGUUUAUUGUGGAAGUUGGACUAUUGGAGUAGUAUACAGUAUAGUGUUGGUCACAAGGCUAAAUAGAUUUAUGGGUUAUAGGUUGUAUACAUAAAUUCAAAGGACACAUUAUCUGGGGUUAUGUAUGUACAGUAAAGGCACAUUGUGUUCAAAAGGGACAAACUGUAGCUUCUGGGUCGGGCCACAGCUGCUACCCCAAAACACCCAGAGACAAUGGCAAUAUGCCUCUUGUAUACUAUUGUAGAUUUUCAGCAGCAGUUCCUGUCUGUAUGAAGAAAAUAAAAAAUAAAAUAAAGAGAUGUUAUGUUAUAAGACAAGA